AUGGUCAAGCUCUUUGAGCGCGUCGAAGACCGCCCGACGCCCCAGGCGGUCUACAACUGGCGCGUGUACUCGUGCGCCAUCGUCGCCGCGACGGCCGCCAUCAUGAUCGGCUACGACUCGGCCUUCAUCGGCACGUCGAUCGCGCUCCCGUCCUUCAAGAAGGAGUUUGGCCUCCUCACCAAGACGCCCAAGGAGUUUGCUGCCAUCAGCUCCAACAUCGUCUCGACGUACCAGGGCGGCUGCUUCUUCGGCUCCCUCCUGGGUUACCCGAUCGGUCAGCUCCUCGGCCGCAAGAUGGGCCUCCUCUUCUCGUCCCUUGUCUUCUGCCUCGGCGCCGGCGUCAUGCUCGCCGCCGACGGCGCUCGCGGCCUUGGCCCCAUCUACGGUGGCCGCAUCGUCGCCGGUCUCGGAAUCGGCGCCGCCUCGAACCUCACGCCGCUCUACAUCUCGGAGAUCUCGCCUCCCGCCAUUCGCGGUCAGCUCGUCGGCAUGUACGAGAUCGGCUGGCAGAUCGGUGGCCUCGUCGGCUUCUGGAUCAACUACGGCGUCACCAAGCACAUCGCGCCCGGCACCACGCAGUGGCUCACUCCUUUCGCCGUCCAGCUCAUCCCUGGCGGCCUGUUCGCCCUCGGCAUCCCCUUCUUCGUCCGCGAGUCGCCUCGCUGGCUCAUGCAGCGCGGCAAGCGCGACGCGGCCGUCAAGAACCUGUGCUUCAUCCGCAACCUGUCGCCCGAGGACCCGUACAUCAUCAACGAGAUCAACGAGAUCGACAUCCAGGCCGAGCACGACCGCACGGCCGUCGGUACUGGCUUCUGGGCGCCGAUCCGCCACCUGUUCUCGACGGGCCACUUGUUCCGCCGCAUGCUAGUGGUAUCCUCCUUGUUCAUCUGGCAGAACGGCACGGGCAUCAACGCGAUCAACUACUACUCGCCGACCAUUUUCAAGUCGAUCGGCGUCACGGGCACCUCGACGUCGCUCCUGACGACUGGCGUGUUUGGUGUCAUCAAGACGGUGCUCGCCCUCGUCUGGUGCUUCUUCAUCAUCGACCGAUACGGCCGCCGCAACAUCCUCCUCAUCGGCUCGCUCGGCGGUGCCCUGUCGAUGCUCGCCAUCGCCAUCUACAUCAACGUCGACAAGCCGCAGCUGAACCCGACGACCGACCUGCCCGCCGCUGGCAAGGCGGCCAUGUUCUUCUUCUACCUGUGGACGGCCUUCUACGCUGCAUCGUGGAACGGAACGCCGUGGGUCGUCAACUCGGAGUCGUUCCCGGGUACGGUCCGCCAGGUCACUCAGUGCCUCGCUGCCACCUCGAACUGGCUUUGGAACUUUGUCAUCUCGCGCGCGACGCCGACCAUGUUCCUGCGCAUGGGCGCCGGCGGCUGGGGCGUCUACCUCUUCUUCUGCCUCAUGCAGCUCGCGUCGAUCCCCUACAUCUGCCUCCUCCUCCCCGAGACGCGCAACAUCCCGCUCGAGGAGAUGGACCGCCUCUUUGCCCAGAAGAACGUGUGGCGCGCCAACCAGAUCGUCAUGGCCGAGCUCCAGCGCGAGCACGAGCUCGGCGCCGAGCGUGGGCCGUCGUACCUCAAGCCGCAGGCGGGCUCGAGCAUCGAGGAGGUCGAGGACGUCAAGGAGCGCGUCUAGGAGGAAGAGGCGGUCGGAGCGCACCUCGCUGUCUCUCU